AAAUACUCGUCAGAAAGUUCGAGGAGUUUGAAGAAUUUAUUUUUAAUUGUAUUUUUUACAAAUUCUAAUAUCUCAAAAGAAAGAAACUAUGACCAACUAUAAGCAGAAAAAGUACACGAACUGCUUCCAGUGAAAAUUGGUGCAAAUUAGCACGCAUUUUCGAGUACGCAAACACCAUCAGUGAGAGAAGUUUGAUUCGGCAGUUGAGAUUUGUGAAAAACAGCUGGUUAAUUUGUUAUUACGCUCGGUAUACCUGCAAUUUAAACAUUUGAUCUAUCGUUUACGACAAUGAGUGUAUGGCAAAGCAAAAGUAUGCAAGGAACAAUGGUUUCAACACGUGGGCCUAGAUCUCGUUAUUUUGAGAAGGGUGAAAAGGUUUUGUGUUAUGAACCAGACAAAUCUAAAGCUAAAGUUUUAUACGACUCAAAGAUAUUGGGUACGUACGAGACUAAAGAUAAGCGAGGACGCAAACACAUUCAAUACAAAAUACAUUUUCAAGGCUGGAGUAGUUCGUGGGACCGUAAAGUCAAUGCCGACUAUGUUCUCAAAGAUACAGAAGAAAAUCGACAAUUACAGCGGGAUUUAGCAGAAAAGGCCCAACUGCAGUUGGGAGCGUAUUUAUAUCGUAAAGAGCAUAAAAGUAAAAAACGUUUACGCAAAUCCACUGCUGUUAAUUCUGAAGAUUCCGCUGAUGCCAGUGCAUCGCCUAGCAAACUACGUCCACGUGGAUUAUCUGAGGACAAUUUUAGCUCUGGCAGCACAUUUGAGAAACACGACCGUUACUCAAUGAAAGAUGAUUGUGAAACGGAUUCAUGUUGUAGUUCCAUAGAAAGUUUUCAUGAUGAGGAUCGUGUUCUGCUGCGAAUAAGUGAACGUCUGCGCCAGUAUUUGGAAUAUGAUUACGACAUGGUUGUUAAGUAUGGUAAACAACACGCUCUGCCAUCGCGCAUACCUGUAGUGGCUAUAUUGGAAAAGUUCGUAAAACAGACUGCCCUAAAAACGGUUUUCUCGAAUAACCAAACGGAAGCCCAUCCUCGUCGACGAGCAACACAACAACGUACUACUGAGAGAAAAGAAAAAGAUGUUGAUAAAAUUAAAGCAACGGUCGAUUUGCUGAAAGAAGUUGCCGAUGGCUUACGUAUAUAUUUCGAUUUUACUAUAUCUGAAUAUUUGCUGUACAAAGAGGAGAAGGUAUAUGCAUUGUCUUUUUUAUCAGAGGAGAAUUUAAAAAAUUUUACGUAUGUGGCGACGCCGGUAUUCUCCUUGGAAUGGUUUAAUAUUAAAAACGAUUCAAGCGAUACUACGGCGCCCUUAAUGGUAACUACUAACGCAACAACUGCAACAUCCACACCUACAGCAACUUUACAAACUGAAAACAUUGAAACACAACAAGUAUUAGCCACAGUCGCUGGUGGUGCUGGCUUAGCAGCAUUGGUUACAGGAGCUGAAACUAACAGCAUGCCCUCCGUAACAUCGCAAGAAGAUCAACCACAGCGUCGAAAGUUACGCUCUCAUCGUAGCGAUGAUUGUGAUUUUACAAUAGAGAAUUGUUUGUCUAGUAUUGCAAGUACAAGUUCGGGAGCAUCAACGCCACUUAAUUCCAACAUCCCUGCCUCUAGUUUGAACUAUUUAAAAUCGUUGGCCCCGAUUUCGCCACAGAUACGAGAUUUUUUGCAAAAUGUUUUAUCGUGGCGCAUAUUGCCUUCGAAUGCACUCUCAUCACCGUCUAUGAUUUUUGGAGCUCCUCACUUAGCACGUCUUAUUGUAAAGUUACCUGAAUUUCUGAAUGCGUCAACUAUGAGUGAUGAAAAAUUGAAGAUAAUAUUACAACACUUGGAUACAUUUGUUCGUUAUUUGGAAUCCCAUAAGGAAUGGUUUAAUGAAGAUAACUAUGCUCGCACAGUUGGCCAAAAAUAUACCACUAACGCCAAUGACUCUGUCUCAGAAGAAAAACAAACUGCAAAGAACCCUGAAUCAGAAGAUCCACCUAUAAAAAAAGACCACGAGCCCACAUCACCUAUUGCAAAAUCUCCUCCACCUUUAAUUACGGCCGUAGAAAAUGUAUCCUCAUAACAAGAAUGUUCAACGAAUUAUACAUAAGAAAUAAUUUCAUUUUAUACAUAUUAUAUUGUAUAUAAAAGUUGGAAAACGUGAAAA